AGAUUUCAGAAACGGUGGGACCCGUAUUUUGAAAAGCUAUGAUAGGCUUGAAACUGGACAAUGAUGAUUUAUCAAAGAUUUUCCCUAAGUGUCGCCCAUCUACUGUACGAUCUACAGACUUAAAUUUAAAUCCCCUCUGUGACGACGACACAGACCAUGACAUGGAUUUGACUCAGUCAAAUGAACGGCAAAGAAAUAGGUGUGAUAACAUACGUGGAAAUGGUACUAGAAAACGUAGCAUCCGUGGAAUAAGAAAAUUUCGAACUCGUAGAAGAAGUGAUAGUGAUGCUAGUCAAGAUUCAUCAUUAGAAACUAGUAUUGAAGACGAUGAGGAAGAAAUUAAUGAAAACAUGGAUGAAGAUGAAGAUGAUGAAUCUGAUAUAAAAAAUGCAUCCAGUGAAUCUGGAGGCAUGUGUAAUGUUGAUAUUGGAGCUACUAAUCGAACAAGAAACUCAAAUAAAAUCAAUUCAACAUCUCAUCAAUCUACAUAUAAAUUGAGAGAUUCAAGAAUAAUAGAAAUAGCUGGAGGUCGAGAAGUCUAUAGUCAAAGCCGAAGUAAACCUGGUCGAAAAACUCGUCAAUUACCUUUGCCUACAGAAGUUGAUUGGAUCAAAUCACCUGGUCGGGUUUGGGAACUUCGCAAUAGAGGACUCGAUGUUUCAAGUACUGAAUCUUCACGGGACAUUUCUGAAGCCGUAUUUUCUACUGAUGUAAAACCUAUCAAACAUCAACGACCAUUAUCCUUAGAAUUAGAUGAUCCAGUUUUGUUUGAUGAUAUACAUAAUGAUAUGUGGGAUAAAGUUCAACAUGAUGCUUCAAUUGGACAUUAUGGAAUACAUCAUCAUAAAAAUACGUAUCAAACUAUUGAUCCUUGUCAACACCAUUUAAAUUAUAAAACUAGUCAAAAUGGUGAUAUUAAUAUGAUUGCAAAUAGUAAUCGAUCAGAAAUAUCAAGCACUGAAAACACUGAUGAAUUAGUUAGGUCUCAAUGUGAAAUUCAGACUAAUGAUUUUAAUGGAUCACCAAAACAAUACAGGGAGGAAGAACAAUCAAUGCCAUCUUUAUUAUCAUCUCCUACACUUUAUAUGCCUCGACCAGGAUUUCCUCAAAGAGUGAUUCAAGAUGAUUCUAGGUCUUCCAGUCCAUCUCCAACAAUGAAUUUCGAUUAUUUGUAUGAAUUUUCAGAAACUAGAAAAGUUUUAGAAGAAUUCUUCAAAUCUGGAGCUGAAAAUCAAGAUACUCAACAGUUGCAAUUCCAGGAUUUGGAGUAUGAAUUGCGACGUAGAAUACCGGUGUCUGAACAAGGUAAUACAUAUGUUGGUAUGCAUUUAUCAAAUGAAGAUAUUCACAAAAAUUCUCAGUUAUCCCCACACAAACAUGAUUCGUCAUCAGAUGGAUCUAGAUGUUUAGCUGGAGUUCAUCAAAGCUGUGUUGGAAGGUAUAGUCGUAAUGUGACUUUAUCACCUGAAGUAACAGACUGUGAAGAUGCUGGUAUGGGUAGUGAUGGAGAAUCAUCAUCUAUGGUAGAUGGUCAACACCUAAUUCCAUUAUGUGGUGUAACAUGUAUCACCAUGCCAGUCUUAGAAGAUGGAUUGUCUAGUGGUCAUACUAGUGAUACAGAUAAUAAUAAUCCAACUGUUAUGUUAAUGAAAAGACAAAUUAGUGAGAUUGAAAGAGAAAUAAUAGAACGUACAAAUAGGGCCAGUAAAUGUGAUAGCAUUGAUGCAAAUGCAAGUGAGGUACAUUCCAAUAGCCAAGAAACUGGAAUUCAAUUAUUGGAUUCACUAGUGAGACCUGAUGAAAGUAGAACACCUCCUCCACCAGCACCAACAGCACAUCGUAGUGCCAAUGAAUCUGCCGAUUUAGUUGAGGCUGCUAUUCAUGAAAUAAGAUCUAGUCUUAGACAAACAAAACCAUUAAAAACUACUAAUGUGGAUGAUGAUAUAUCUCCAGGUUGUAGCCCUAGCAAAGAUAGUACAAAUUCAAAUACUGCCAAAACUGAAGAUUUACCUAUUUGGGUACCAAGGCAUAGAGGUACUGGAUCUGGACCUAGCGGCGAUGAAGAAGAAGCUGAUACAGACUUAGAAACUGAUAGACUUUUAGGACAACAAAGAACUGAUGACACUGGAUUUUUUGAUGAAAAAACUGACUGGAAGAAGUCAAAAACACGGUCUUUGUUACCGUUUAAUUUGACAACAUCAUCAAGCAAUACGUCCACACAUCCUACACCCGUAGAACCGGCUGCUAUAAUUGAAAAACCAUUCAUCGUAACCCAAACCCUUAAUCCUGCAAAAAAGGAGAAAGAUGGAACUAAGAAGAAAGCUCGAAAUAAAGAAGGAAUAUCUCAACACCAAACAGUUAUGAUUCACGAACCUGCAGUAUUAAUUGAAGGUGUUUUAUUCCGAGCUCGUUACUUGGGUUCUACGCAGUUGGCUUGUGAAGGACAACCGACAAAAAGUACAAGGAUGAUGCAAGCUGAAGAAGCAGUGUCUAGAAUAAAAGCUUUGGCUCCUGAUGGCGAGACUCAACCAAGUACAGAAGUGGAUCUUUUCAUAUCAACUGAAAAAAUUAUGGUUCUCAACACUGACUUGAAAGAAAUCAUGAUGGACCAUGCCCUUAGGACAAUUUCUUAUAUAGCUGAUAUUGGUGAAUUGGUUGUGUUAAUGGCCCGAAGACGUUGUUUCCUUACACACCAACAAUCUGAAUCCACCACAGAAACUUCAUUAGUGCCUUCGAGUGUAAAUGGUGUUGACAAAACAGCCAAUAACAGAACUCCAAAAAUGAUAUGCCACGUUUUUGAAAGUGAUGAAGCACAAUUUAUUGCCCAAUCUAUUGGUCAGGCCUUUCAAGUGGCAUACAUGGAAUUCUUAAAAGCAAAUGGUAUAGAGGACCAUAGUUUUGUUAAAGAAAUGGACUAUCAAGAAGUGUUAAAUUCACAAGAAAUAUUUGGUGACGAAUUACAAAUGUUUGCAAAAAAAGAAUUGCAAAAAGAAGUUGUAGUGCCAAAAUCUAAAGGUGAAAUACUCGGUGUUGUGAUUGUGGAAUCUGGUUGGGGUUCCAUGUUACCUACGGUUGUGAUAGCCAAUCUGGCUCCAGCUGGAGCAGCCGCACGUUGUGGUCAGUUAAACAUUGGUGAUCAAAUUAUUGCUAUUAAUGGUGUAUCACUAGUUGGCCUACCAUUGUCUACCUGCCAAAAUUAUAUCAAGAAUUCCAAACCCCAAACAGUAAUAAAAUUAACUGUUGUCCCAUGUGCACCUGUAGUCGAAGUGAAAAUAAAAAGGCCAGAUACAAAAUAUCAACUUGGUUUUAGUGUUCAAAACGGUGUGAUAUGCAGUUUACUUCGUGGUGGAAUUGCAGAACGUGGUGGGGUACGAGUUGGCCAUAGAAUUAUUGAAAUAAACAAUCAAAGUGUGGUAGCCGUGCCACAUGAAAAAAUCGUGAAUCUAUUGGCUACUUCAGUUGGAGAAAUUUUGAUGAAAACAAUGCCUACAUCCAUGUUUCGUUUACUGACUGGUCAAGAGACACCUGUAUUCAUCUAGUCUUAAAACAUGAAUAGUCUAUAUAAUGAAUGUAAAAAUAAUUUGCCAUUAUAAGUUUAAUUUAAACCUCAAGAGGAAAAGUUUAUUUGUGAGAUGUUGCAGUAUUACUUAACAAAGUAUGAUGUACACAUUAGGUAUUGUAUAUCUCUGAAUAAUUGAUAUAAUGCCUGAUCAGUUUGUGGAUUAGUAAAGAGGGUUUUUGCACAAUUUCACAUGUAUCUUCUCCCGUUUCCUUUUUAAUCAUAAUAUUAUCAAAGAUUGAAAAAAAAUAAAGAAUUAAAUAUGGAAACAACAAUUUUCC